AUGGCAGUGGUUGCUUCUGCGCCGGGAAAAGUUUUGAUGACUGUUGGAUAUCUUAUCCUGGAGAGGCCUAAUGCAGGGAUUGUACUAAGUACAAAUGCCCGAUUUUAUGCUAUUGUCAAGCCGCUUUAUGAGGACCUUAAACCUGACAGUUGGGCAUGGGCAUGGACAGAUGUGAAACUGACAUCUCCUCAGAUGGGUAGAGAAACUAUGUAUAAACUGUCUCUCAAGCAUCUGCAGCUACAGUGUGUAUCUUCAAGUGAUUCAAGAAACCCAUUUGUAGAAUAUGCAUUGCAAUAUGCUAUAGCAGCAGCACAUGCCACCUUUGACAAUACUAAGAAGGAGGAGCUACAUAAACUUUUGUUGCUAGGUCUUAACAUUACGAUUUUAGGCUGCAAUGAGUUCUAUUCAUAUAGAAAUCAGAUUGAAGCCCGUGGCCUGCCUCUAUCUCCCGAUUCACUGGCUUCUCUCCCACCUUUCACUUCGAUCACCUUUAAUGUAGAGGAAUCUAGUGAACAAAAGAGCAAACCCGAAGUUGCCAAAACUGGAUUGGGCUCGUCUACUGCUAUGACAACUGCAGUUGUUGCUGCUUUACUUCAUUACCUUGGAGUGGUCAAACUUUCCUUAGAAAAUAGUUCUCUUCCAGGGGAUCAAGUCUCGAAGGAACUGGAUGUCGUGCAUAUCAUAGCUCAAACUGCUCACUGUAUAGCGCAGGGAUGUUGCUCGAGGGCUUUCAAUACAAGAGGUCAUUGGAGAUGUGCUAAAAGCCAACUAGGAUCACAAGAGAACGAAUUUUCAGUUGCCACCAAUGAUGUCACUGGUACUUGGAGAACCAGGAACAGGGGGAUCCUCAACACCAUCAAUGUUGGUGCUGUUAAGAAGUGGCAAAAAUCUGAUCCUCAAGGCUCGUUCGAAACAUGGAAGAAGUUGUCGGAAGCAAAUUCAGCUCUUGAAAUGCACCUCAACAACUUAAGCCAAUUUUCAGAAACAAAUUCUGAUGCUUAUAGAAUAACCAUUGACAAAUGCAGCAAACUUACGUCUGAAAAGUGGGAAGAGGGAGCUGUGGGGCCAUACCAAAUAGAAGUGAUUAAAGCACUCUUAGGAGUUAGAGAUUCCAUGUUGUCAAUCCGGACUACUAUGCGCAAGAUGGGUGAGGCUGCCGGAAUUCCCAUAGAGCCCGAAUCACAAACCAGUAUGCUAGAUACCACGAUGAAUACAAAAGGAGUUCUAUUGGCUGGUAUUCCUGGUGCAGGUGGAUUUGACGCGGUGUUUGCCAUUACCUUGGGAGCUUCAAGCAGCAAUGUCGUGAAGGUCUGGAGUUCGCUCAAUGUUCUGGCCUUGCUAGUGAGAGAAAAUCCACGUGGCGUUCAUCUAGAGGCCAAAGAUCCACGAACUACCAAGAUUACUGACUCGGUUUCUAACAUUCAUAUUGGGUAA